AUGGUGUAGCGCUUGCUCUCUCUCUCUCUCUCUCUCGCAGUCUGGUGGAGCCGCACUCAAGGAUUAGAGGGUUGCUGUGAGUGUCUGCUCAGAAGAGAGGGAGAAGAAGAAGCUAGAUAAAAAUAAAAUAGAAAGAAAGAAAGAAAGAAAGAAAAUCGGCUGAAGGGAAAAAAGAAAGACCUUUCCAUUGUGGAUAAAGUGAUCUGAUUUACCUUUCAUUUCAUUCCUGCCAGGCUAAAGUUGCUGAGGCUUCACCUGAUCAAACCGGAGGACCAUAAUAGAUCCUGGACCUCCACACACGGAGCCAUGUGAGCAGCGACCCAUCCACCCACUUCACACUCUCCAAGUCCAGCCACCCCAACCUCCUCAAGAUCUGCACUCUGAGCCUGGGGAGCACAUCCAGGAUUUUUUCCCCCCCCUCCUGCCUGGGACCCUCCAUCCACUGUCAGGGACUCUACGGGCUCGGGCGUACACCCCCCUUCACAGCGGGAGACGCUCAUUUCAGUAGGGGGGAAGUGGUCGGGGUGUAAGUGCCCCCUGGUCUGGAGGCCAGCCAGCAGCUCUCCAGCACCAUGGAUUACCUGCUUGGGAUUGUAGUGCUGCUGUGUGGGGCAAUGCAGCUGGGGAGAGGAGCGGAGCCCAAGCACAAUGUACCCAGGCUAAAGCUGUCAUACAAGGAGAUGUUAGAGUCCAGUAACCUCGUCACCUUCAACGGCUUGGCCAACAGCUCAGGCUAUGACACUUUCCUCCUGGACGAGGAGCGGGGGAGACUACUGGUGGGAGCCGAGGACCACAUCUUCUCCUUUGACCUCGUCAACAUCAACAGAGACCACAAACAGAUUGCAUGGCCUGCCACCCCCUCCAAGAGGGAUGAAUGCAAGUGGGCAGGAAAAGACUAUGGGAAGGAGUGUUCUAACUUCGUCCGAGUCCUGCAGCCGUACAACCAGACUCACCUGUACAUCUGCGGCACGGGAGCCUUCCACCCCAUCUGUUCUUAUCUGGAAAUGGGCAAAAGAGCAGAGGACAACAUCUUCCGACUGGCUCCACAUUUCGAGAACGGCCGCGGGAAAAGCCCCUAUGACCCCAGAAUGCUCUCAGCCUCGCUCCUGAUCGAUGGAGAACUGUACUCUGGCACAUCUGCUGAUUUCAUGGGAAGGGACUUUGCAAUUUUCCGUACGCUGGGAGAUCAUCAUCCAAUCAGGACAGAGCAGCAUGAUUCAAGAUGGCUGAAUGACCCCAGGUUUGUCAGCGUUCACUUGAUCCCGGAGAGCGACAACCCCGAGGACGACAAGAUCUUCCUGUUCUUCAAAGAGAACGCCAUCGACGGAGAGCACACCGGGAAGGCGACCAUCGCCAGGAUAGGACAACUGUGUAAGAAUGAUAUGGGAGGCCACAGGAGUCUGGUCAACAAGUGGACCACUUUCCUCAAGGCCCGGUUAAUGUGUUCAGUCCCUGGCGUCAAUGGCAUUGAUACACACUUUGACGAACUGCAGGACGUGUUUCUCAUGAGUUCCAAGGACCCGAAGAACCCCGUCAUCUACGCCGUGUUCACCACGUCCAGUAACAUAUUUAAAGGCUCGGCAGUGUGUAUGUACAACAUGGCGGACGUCAGGAGGGUUUUCCUGGGUCCUUACGCGCACAGAGACGGACCCAACUACCAGUGGGUGCCUUUCCAGGGCCGAGUGCCCUACCCUCGUCCAGGAACUUGUCCCAGUAAGACGUUUGGAGGAUUCGACUCCACGAAGGACCUCCCCGAUGACGUCAUCACCUUCGCCCGGGGUCACCCGGCCAUGUACAACCCGGUGCACCCGAUCGGGGGGCGUCCCAUCAUGGUGAGGACGGACGUGGACUACCAGUUCUCCCAGCUGGUGGUGGACAGAGUGGAGGCGGAGGACGGACAGUACGAUGUCAUGUUUAUCGGCACAGAUAUGGGAACCGUGCUGAAAGUGGUGACGAUCCCCAGAGAGAGCUGGCACGACCUGGAGGAGGUGGUGCUGGAGGAGAUGACCGUCUUCAGGGAGCCAACUCCCAUUACUGCCAUGGAGCUGUCCACCAAGCAGCAACAGCUGUACCUUGGCUCGUCCCUGGGCGUCUCGCAGAUGUCUUUGCACCGCUGCGAGGUCUAUGGGAAAGCGUGCGCCGAGUGCUGUUUGGCCAGAGACCCGUACUGUGCCUGGGACGGCACCGAGUGUUCGAGAUACUUUCCGACCGCCAAGAGGCGCACGAGGCGGCAGGACAUCAGAAACGGAGACCCUCUCUCUCAGUGCUCGGACCUGCAGCAUCACGACGACGUGGACGGCGCCGGGGGCAGCGUGGAGGACAGGAGUGUGUUCGGCGUGGAGAACAGCAGCAUGUUCCUCGAGUGCAGCCCCAAGUCUCAGAGAGCGCUCAUCUACUGGCAGCUGCAGAAGCUCAACGACGAUCGCAAGCAUGAGAUCAAGCUCGACGAGCGAAUGCUUCGCACAGACCAGGGUUUGCUCAUUCGCAGCCUGACACAGUCCGACACCGGCAUCUACCACUGUCAGGCGGUGGAACACGGCUUCAUUCAGCCCCUGCAGCGCCUCAACCUUCAGGUCAUCCCUGCACAGAGACUGGGCGACAUCCUUCCUGGACUCCCCGGCGUGGGUGGCGGUGGCGGCGGUGGCGGCGGUGGCGGCGGUGGCGGCGGCGGCGUAGGUCAGACGGCCAAGCACAGGCUGUGGUACAGAGAUUUCCUCUCUCUCCUGGAUCACCCCGACCUCAACAGCGUCGAAGAGUUCUGUGAUCGAGUUUGGAAGAAGGAGCGCAAACAGAAGAAGGCGAAGACGCCCGCCGCCAGUGAUCAGGGGAAAUCUGACAACAAAGGUGGCUCCAACUCUCCGUUGGGGCCUAAAGCGUUUGGUCCUAAUGCGCAGAAGCAGCAGGCCGGGCCACCACAGAGCAGGCAAUGGCUUCAGGCCGGCUCUCCAACUGUGGAGGGGCCGGCACGGGGCCAGAAUUCCCAGAAAGGUCAGACAAAUCUGGGGACAGCCAGGAACAACCAGAAGUCGCAGAACAGCCAGAAGGGCCAGGGAAGCCAGGCUGGCUCUCAAGCGGCGGGGGGAUCGCGGGCGAGCAGCCAGCACGCGGCCAAGUGGCGGCGGAUGCAGGAAAACAAGAAGGGACGCAACAGGAGAACCCACGAGCUCCAGAGACCUCCGCGCAGUGUUUGAACCAGGCGCGCCGGGGAAAGAAGAAGCACACGACAUGCAAACUGAGAUCGACCAACAACACGAGCACAAACCCAUGCAUCCACACAUACUGUACCCACACAAGCACAUUCUGUCGACUGUGUUUCUCUGACGUAUGAUUCAGUGACCUCUCCAUAACAACCGCGGCAAGACACAGUCCCACUUUGUAAACGGCAGCAGAGCUCUCAUUCAAAAUAACAGCACAUAACCUUGGACGUGGACAGAGACGAACGAGAGGACGGAGGAACUGGAAGGCGUACUGUAAAUGUGUGAGCAUGUGGUCGGUUGGUUGCCUGGGAUACCGUCUGGCAGACACUUCAACCUCCUGUACAUAAGCGACUAAAAUAGGACUGGGACAAAAAAAAAAAAGAAGAAAAAAACGUUGACUGAGGUGUUUGUCGGUGAGCAGAUGGACCUAAAUACGCUGAGAGGACAGUUGUGGGGACAUUUAUAGAUGCACACGGGGACGUUCACGGAGGCGGCGGAGGCGACGGCGGAAAACUCGCCGUCGGUGACCUGAGCAUGUGAACUUGCAAGUUAGCGUUUCAACGGAAAUAGAUAAACAGAACUCAUUUUAUUUUUUGGGGCGAAGACAAAAAGGAACCUUUCCGUCGAAGUCUGUGUGGCCAACAGGAAUCAUUAGAAUAUAAACAUGCAAAAAAAAACAAACAAACACUGCAAGCGUGGAGAAAAGUGCUUCGUCACAACCCUCUUCCAUCCGAGGCUGGGAAAGCAUUGUGCAUGUUGUUGUCAAUCAAUGUUUUAAUAAGCUAGUUAUUUUAUGGAGUUCAAGGGGCUUUUUUUUUUUUUUUUUUUUUUUCUUUCCUUU